UGGAUCGUUUGCUUAAAUUAAAUGAGUGUGCUCGUUUUUGGCUUUGGGUUUCUCCUGUGGAAGCUACUUUUGCUGUUAAGCAAAUGUCUCAGAGAUCAUAGUGGCAAAAAAAUCAAUUUCUGAACCCAAAGAGGUUCACAGCAUUCAUUGAUUUUUUUUCUGUUCAAGAUCUGACAUUGGAAACUCACAAUUUUGUUUAUAUCUGGAGUGUCACAUCGAUUUGUGUCAUUCAAUGGGAGCUGUCAUUUCAAAUUGGUUCGGCCUGUUGCAAACGGUGAUGUCAGAUACUUGCAGACGUUAAUGAACGCAGUGGCCACCUCACCGGGUCUCCGUUUCCCUUCACGUCAGACACAAUUUUGUCUUUUUUUUUACUUGUCAGUGAGCAUUUCAGUGCAGUGUUUUUUUUUCUUCCAGAAAAUGAACCCAUUUGUCUGUUAGCAUAGGACGCAGGAUGGACGGCAUGUUGUUGACAUUCUCUAGCAACAACCCGGCGCCCGUCGCACGACAUGGUCCGGUUAAUCCGCUCCUGGGCCCGCUUUCGUGCGUCAUCUGCAUUCCACUCCCAGUUAUCUUGCGUCCGAUUUCAUGCCAAACGCCGACAGACACCUUGAUUUGGAACAUUCGACGCGCAAACAUCUCAGGUGAAAAACAUUUUCAGUGGAAAGCCGCAUCCUAUCACCGUCAACUUGAGAGGUCCAGAGUGGUCAAGAUCUCAUGAUGAAGAGAGAACGAGAAAACCACAGCAGAAAGUUCAUUUUCCGAUUUGCGUAUUCGUCUUGAAGUCGAGCCUCGGGGCCAACGCCGCUCUCUGAUUGGCUGACGUCUUCAUUCAACUCAGCUGCCGCUGUAUCAAAGUGUUUUACAGACUACAUAACAAAACAAAGUUGCAGUCUAGAAAGUCAAGAUGGUGACCCGAAAUAGACCAAAAUAGGCCUUUUUUCUUUUUUUUUAUAUCAGAAAAACUUUGUGUCCCUAAAAGUUUUUGUGAUGCUGAUUUUCAAGACAUCUUUUAUUUCCACAGCGCUUUGUUAUAGCUGUAACAAGUUGUAACAAAGUGUUGUGGCAAGUCCUACUUUUUCUGUUUUUGGAAGCUGCUGACCUUUAAAAGCUUACGCAAUAAGGAUUUUACAAUGGCUUGUAAACUAUAGCUAUGAAGUUUCAGAAAAAAAAUUCCACCAGCCUAAUUCAUAAAUAUUAAUCUCCUAUACUAUUAACAUAGUUUUUUAACUGCGAGUUCUAAAGCACCAGCACUAAAAACUCAAGACUACAUAUUGACUGCUAUAAAGUAAAAAAAUAAAAAAGCUUUUUUUUCCACUACAUUUGCAAAAAAAGUACAUUUUGCUGUGUUGUUUUUAAAAUAGUGCAACUACCGACCUUUUUCAAAGCUCGGGCUCAGCGCAGGCAAUGACCAUGCACUCGCUUGCCUUGGCUGCUUUCUUCACCUGCCUCCAAGGCGCAUCAUACCUCAUGCAUCACAGUCAAAGACUUGAAAGUGGCGCUCGCCAGCCCUUGGCUGCAAUCGUGUUGGCGUGCAGGCGCUGCCGUGUUGACGUGAUCCGGCAUUGUGUACAUAUCGCUGGCGUCAGGUUGAAGCCUCCCAUGCCCAAGUUUGGAAACCUUCCAUGUGGUUGUCAAGUGUUGAAAAUGGCUUGUCGGUGAACACGCAGUUUUAAUGGUGGAAACGUUUUUGGGGCUCCUGAGAAGUGAUGGUUCGGGGAGUACGAGGGUUCCGCCCGACGCCAGCGAUAUUGUAGUAAGAUCCGGCGACCAGAGAGGAUGGAUGCUUGCCAUGUUGCCAAAUUGGGCUGAGGAGAGAAAGGACAGAAAGACAUCCACCAGACAGCAGGUGAAAGACAACAAGCUAGAGCUAAACUUUUGGGCUUUUUCCUCUAAGAAGCAAAAUCGAGUUCACACAAAAGCAAAAAGCCUUUGUCUUGGGUCAGCUCGUGACAUUAUGCAAAGAAUUAUAUAAGGAAUCAGAUUUUUUUUCUUUCAGCCACUGCUUGUGCAUACAAAGGUCUUUUUGCAAAUACCACAUCUUGAGUCACUCGGCCCAAGUUCUAGGCCGGCGCGACCCGGCGAAUGAGUUGUUUGCGUCACUGCUAUAAAGUUAGCAUGGGACGCUCUGCCAAAUUGGCCGACGAGUGCAGCGAGCCGGCCUUGCGCCUGCACCAAGACCACCAUACACCAGCAUGUUUUUCUCUUCCGCAGCAGCAGCAAUCGGACGCCACGAUGAUUUCGGGCUCAUACGGCGGCGAGAAGCCUCUGGUGAUUCGCAUCUCCUUCACCACGUGCGCCCUGGUCAUCGUCUGCCUGCCGCUGCUGGGCCUGCUCAGUUGUGUUAUCAUCUCGUCCGUCUUUCACUUUGAGGACUCAACCUAUACGCACUGCCAGGUUCCCAACUACCUGCCGUCCAUCAGCGCCUCCAUCAGCCUGAGCCCAGAGUGCCACAUCUGGCGCCUGUGUGUGGGCCUACACUCGGCACCCCGCUUGCUGGUGGCCUUCACCUACUUCAAGUUCUACAAGGUGCGCUUUGCUUCCCGCCUGCCCGAGAGCUCGCUGGCCUACCUCAGCCUGGCUUUCUCCAUCUCCGAGAACCUCGGCCUGCUGCUACUCACCUACGUGUCGUCCAACGAGACCUACUUUGUCCACAAGGAAGGCUUCAUCCUCUUCAUUCUCAGCUCCUUCAUCUACAUGAUCAUAACGUGUCGUCUGUGGAAGGCCAUCAAGACGUAUUCGUUGAAUCCCGAGGAUGCUCGAUCCCAUCACUGGAAAGUGAGUCUGCUAAUCCUAAAUAUGAGCUUCUGUGCUUUUGCGGGAUUGUUCUACAUCAAACACAACUUGUACUGCGAGUCGGGCAGUUACACAUUGUUUGCCCUGUUUGAGUAUCUCAUCGUCUUCUCCAACAUGGCCUUCCACCUGACGGCGGCGUGGGACUUCAAGAGCCGCGAGGUGAUGGUCAUUUCCUGCUCUGAGCCCAAGGGCUUCUAAAUAGAGAGCCUCCGAGGACUCUGGGAAGACCGGCGUCCAUGACCGGGGUUGUGGAGGAAGAUGGCAAAUGAAUAAUUGGCACACGUGAGAUGAUAUAAAGCACAUGCACGGAGGUUGGAGGCCGGAUGGCAGCACGCCGAGACGCUUCAACGUUGCGCAUCCCGCUGCUUAACUAGUGACGUGCAUGAAGACGGCUGUUUGUUUUGCUUACAUGUGCAGACAGACUCGUAAUAAGUCAAACAUCAACAGCUGAUUUGAUCACAAUGUGCCAAGGUGAUAGUUCUUCCGUCAAGCUAAAAAAAAAAAAAAGACAAAAAGCAUCAUAAAUCUACUGCAGAGCAGCAAGCACAAUGUUAUUGUCAAUUCUGGAGCUGCCAUGAAUGUAUUGAUUCUCAAAUAGGAGAAGAGCAUUGUUUGGAAAUAAUAAAAAAAAAUCAUUAAAAA